AUGCAUCCGACGAACCGCGUCCGCGAACGCCGUAGCCCUGGGAGUCACACUGGCCGCCCGUCUCUCUCUGCCGACCGACUCGCCCAGCACUUCUUCAUCGACGAUUGGGUUGAGAAUGACCAUGGUGUAGAGGAAGAGUACACCUGGAAACCGCAUCAAGUGCGCUUCGUCUUGUGGUAUCAACUGACCACGUACAUACCCAAUGAUGCUAUAGCCACAGCGUUCAAUGUCACUUUCGACGCGGAUGGUGAUGAUAUCCCGGAGAUGAGAGCCGUCAACGUUCAAAAGAUCAUCGACGUGAUAAAGAACCGGAUGAAGCUGAUCGACAUGGAAAUCGCCGAAAGAGGCCUAAGAAGAUGGUCUCGACCGAGCGAACUAGGCUGGAUACCCUGCGACCAUGGAAUGAGUUGCGCGACGCUUGCUGAAGUGUCCCACGGAGCCAUGACCAGCGUGAUGAAAAGUAGCCAAUUGAGGACCAGGGGCGCAAGAGAGAUAGCUGCCAUGGCGACAGGGGAGGGAACUUGGGACGAUAUGCUCCAGUGUCCGAGGAUGCAUAAGGAGGCUGUGCCUGCAAGAACGAUACCGGCCUGUGCUCCUGUUGCUCCUUCUGUCGAAAUAUACCGAAGGACACCACUGCCAAAGGAAAGGAGGAGUAGGCCCAUCGAGGUCGUGAGCUUCGGUGAUUGA